UUCCAGCCGGCGAGAGAAGAAGAACGAACUGGUUUUGCUCGUAAACAAAGACAAAGAAGAGAACAAAACCAAUUGGCCUUCAACUUUGCAUGCAAUUUUUGCAGAUCGAGUCGCAAUAGAGAGGCAACAGCGUGGCGGCGUCGGCGAUUGUGCAGGCCUGCAGCCCCCUGAUCGAAGACCUGGGCGGCUGGCUCCUCUUCGGAUGGGUCUCCAACACCUACGAGCCCCCCGACCACUUGUUUAGUUGAAGCACCUUUUGAUUUUGGACCGUUUUUGUUUCCCAUUCCUGAAACCAACGCACGCCCCUAUAAUGGCUACUGUGAUGGCCGGCGAGGGCGGCUUCAAGGCGCGCGACAUCGGACUGCGGGCGCAGAAGAAGAUCCUGAGCCGCAUGGCCAACAAGAGUGUGGCCAAGGUUUUCAUCGACGACACCACCGGCAGCCUGCUCGACGACGUCUACAAACUGGCCAAGUCUUACACUUCUGACAAGAAGGAGUCUGAGAAGUUGGUGAAGAACAUCAUCAAGAUCGUGAUCAAGCUCGGUCUGCUGUACCGGAACGAGCAGUUGUCCGCGGACGAGUUGGCGCGCGCGGACAAGUUCAAGCACAAGUUCCACUCGACGGCGAUGGCCGUGGUCAGUUUCUUCGAGGUGGACUUCAGCUACGACCGCGCCUUCCUGGUGGCGGCCUUCGACGAGUGCCACCAGGGCCUGCGCUCGGUGGUGACGCCGCACCUGACGCCCAAGUCGGUGGCGCGUCUCGACUCGGUCUUCAACUUCUUCAAGGACGCCAAGUUCCUGGACGCAGUCUUCCGCAAGGAGUCGCCGCACCGCGACGCCCUCGGCAGGGUCGUCCGCGACCUCAACAAGGCCCUGGACGAGGGCGGCAUGUAAGCAACAAGUGCAGUUAAGGACACCAAAAAUAACACACGACAUUCCUCUCGCUUGCACAAGUCAACAGCCUAAUCCUUUGUAAAACACAAAAGUUUUGAUGUUAUAAACGCGAUUUGUGUUUUUUACUGAUGUCCUGACCCUGUGUAAAAACACCUUUGAAAAAGUGAAUUAAAGGCUCAAUAUUGUUGGGCAUUUCUAGUAAUAAUUUUUAUCGUCGAGUAUAAAAAUGGGCAAAAUUUCUAGAAAGAAAUGUUGGUAAAAUCUGCAUCAGUUUUUCUCAAUAGAUUCCUCAAAAGAUUGAAUUUUAAAAAGUUUUGGUGGGAAUUUGUUGAUUUUGAACUUUGCAUGAAAUUUUGGCCUUUUUUAAAUUCAAAUACAAAAAUUAUUAUUGGAAAUGGUCUUGUCAUGUAAUCCGCACUUUGUGCACUUUUCCCCAAUUGCCUCAAGCACAAGAUCAAAGCGUAUCUGCCAGAGCUUCAAACCAAAAAUUUGUCUUCAUUAGUCAAUCUUUCCAAAAUCUUUCUUAUUGCAUAAAAUAAUAUUUUAAUUUAUAAUCAAAGAUAAACUAUAAAUAACUCUAAUUUUUUUUUUUUUGUAUAUUUCUGGAAA